AUCUUAAAACGUCGUGUUCAAAACUAUUAUUACUGUAUAGUUCAAAAUACAUCAAAACUAUAUUAUAAUCACGGAAUACGGAUUGAUUAAGCUAAAUUGCUAAAUAGAUUAAAUUAUUAUAUAGCCGUAUUUUCAAAAAUCAAAAUUUAAAUAAAAGUAUUAAAAAUUUGGGAUUACCAAAUAUUAAUUAGCAUCAGUUAUUGAAUCAAAAUUUCACUUAAUUGAACAAUUUAGUGAUUAAAAAAUUCUGAAAGAAUUCAAGAAUUGAUGAUGUUGUUUGACAAAUUGUCCCGAUUUCUUCCUGUUAAGAGUAAUUACUUGGUCCUUUCUCGAUGCAAGCAUGUACAAGCGGCUCGUUAUAAACGAUCUAUUAAGGGUAACAAACCACUUACUUACGAAAUGGCUGGACCACCACACACUAUUGCUCACAUCAAGGGUUGGAACUCAUGGAACACGUGCAACAUGUUGGAUGGCUUAAGACCGGCUGAGACUGCGAUAGAUGACGAGUUCAUUCGUCGUUUCAUGACUGGCACUUGGCAUGAUUUAAUUGCUAGUGAAAUAAUCAUAAAAAGACAGCAUAACAUUAUAAGAAUAGCUGCUAUAACGGUGCAGAAAAUUAGUGUAACCAAAAUAUAUUUCCUAAUUGGUUAUACGGAAGAACUUUUAAGCUAUUGGCUGCAAUGUCCCAUCAAGUUAGAAUUACAGACUGUUGAAGACCGAACUGCUGUGGUAUUCAAAUACAUUUAGUCAUUUGGAAAUAAAUUAUUGUUGUGCUUAUUAGAAUUUUUAAUAAAAUAUUGAUAAGUUUAA